AUGUGUAUUGACAAAGGAACAUUAAAAUCAAUUUAUUUGGCUAAAUAUGUUCCUAAUAUUUUAGCAAUAUUAAUCUAUUAUUUUUUUAAAAAUUCUCAUUAUGCAUCGUUAUUACCAUCGAGUUUAUCAGCUAUAUUGGGUAUUUCAACAUUCAUAGCCGGUUUUCUUAUUCGACAAAUUGCUAUAAUACAAUUAGGAAAAUUUUAUACAUAUAAAGUCAGUAUUAUUGACCAUCAUGAAUUGAUUGAUACAGGUCUUCAUGCAUCUAUGCGACAUCCAGCAUAUACGGGUACAUUUCUUGAAUUAACUGGCGCUGCUUUUCUUUAUAAUCAUUUUAUAUUAUCAUGGUUUAUUUCAUUGUGUUAUCUUAUUGUUAUACAUAAACGUAUCAAACAAGAAGAAAAAACAUUAAUUGAAGAAUUUGGGCCAAAAUAUCAAGAAUAUAUGAAACGAGCCGGCAUGUUUUUGCCAAAAUUGAAAUAA